UUUUCUCGGGCUCCCAAAAGAAAUAGCUGGAAUACGUGGCCCCCAAGGAAAGCUGCCUUUUGAAAAACAUUUUCCUAGUUGUCAUUUCUGAGGUGGUAGCUCCCACCACCAACCUGUGGCAUUGUAUAUACAUUUAUCUCGGGCUAUGCGUGGCGCCUUAACUUAUGAUAAAUUAUGGCGGCUGGUGUUGUUUUGCGCCGGUGAAAGUGCAAUUGUUUUGUGCGCGAAUUCUUGCCAAAGAGAUUUCCUAUUUGUUAUUAAUCGUGGCAUUGUGUCUGGCCAUUUUUCAGACCCCAGGGACUCCCCCCACUGACUGGUGACUGGAGCCCACAUAGCCCCGCAUUGCCAUGGAGCCCACGCCCAAUAUGCUGAAGCAGAUCUUGCUGAAGAACCACCAGGACGCCGUCCUCCUUUCGCAGGGCAUCCAUCCAUCGCCGCCGCUGUCCAUUUGCAGUGGUUCCAUGGCGGACAGCAGGGAACGGAUCCGGGGACCUUCGCGGGAUGGCCGGGAGUUCCUCACCAGUCCCAGGCAGGUCCUUCGCCGCCUGAUGCUCCUCUCAGAGGGCAGGCAAUACAGAGAAGCUGCCGGAGUGGUGGGGCGACUGGGUCCCUCAGUCCUGCGAUCUGUCAUAGCCGAGCUGCCUUUGGAUCUUCUGCUGGAGCAUCUGCCUCACAGUGCCUACCUGCUGGAGUCGUUUUUUACCAGAUUAACCACCUUGAACACCACCCCCAAGCCGGAGGUGCCCAGUGAGACUGUGGCCUGGCAGCUGGUGCGCCUGUUCGCCAAUCCCCACGAGUCUGGACUGCGUCAGCGUUGCACCCGGUUGCUCCAGGCUCUGGCCCAGUAUGAGCCCGCUCUCCGGCAAACCGUGAGGGAUCGCAGACGAAGCUUCGACAAUGCAGUGCAGGGUUUAGGAGUCCAUGGACUCACCACCGAUGCCUCUGGCCAGCUCAUAUCCCUGCAUGUGGCUCUGAAGACGGAGCUGCAACGCCAUGUGGACACCUACAAGAUGGCCAUUCACAAGCUGGAGGAGCUGAGCAUGGUGACAGUGAAUCAGGAUCCUGCCCACUCCUCCCACCAGCGUUUAUUGGCCAUUAAUUACGGGGACAUCCAACAGCGACUGAUUGACAACAAGACCCUGCUCACAAUGCUGGACAAGCCGGCACUGAAACAGCUCCAGACGCUGGUGGAGAACCUGAGCACGCGAGUUGAGAACGACAAGGAGGUGCUGUCUUGUGUGGGUCAAGUGCGUCGCCUGGACUCACAGGCGCUGGUGGAGAAGCGUCCCGCCGCCGGCCUACUGAUGAACUUUUCCCGCGGCUGCGAGGUGGUGCUUCACAUGAUGGGUCCCGAGGGAGGUCCACCUGGCUCCCUAACCGGCUCCAUGUCCAUGGGCAAGGCCACGCCACCGGGAGGAGCCAGCGGAAGCAGCUGCAGCGAUGGGUACCACUCCGAUGACUCUGGCAGCGAUGAUGGGAGCGAAAUGGUGUCGCUCUACCGGAGUCUCUAUGUCGAGAACCGAGCAGACGCACUGGAGGCGUUGGACAGUCUGCCGCAGAUAAAACACGCGCACAGCCUCAAGGGGAAGAUACUCUUCUCGAUGAUUGUGCUCUCCUUCCGCCUGUGCCACGGUAUGCGGGAGCGCAAGGUGCUGGAGGUGCGACGCGUCCUUAACUGCUCCUUGGAGGGCAGCAGUGAGACGACACUGGCCCUGGACAGAUCCGUGCGCCAGCAUCUGCACGAGACCUCCGAUAGCUUUCCGCUGGGCGAGAUCGAGCGAUCGGUGUUCAACCAGGUGCUAUCCACACUCCACGAGUAUCCCUGCCUGGAGUCCUGCCCCCCACUGACGCACUACGUCAGUGCCUGUGUGCGUCUGGCGUGGCGGAUGAUCAACCAGAAGUCGCCCUACUACCUGGACAUGGACUUUAACCUCGGUUUUCUGCGUCCCGAGAAACACGAACGGCAUCCCCAGGCGGACCGGCGAUCGGAUCUAAUCAAGGCCUUCCUCUGGCCCGCUUUGAUGCAAAACAAUCAAUGUGCCUUCAAGGCGGUGGUGGCCACUUGAGGAUCUACAUCUGGGAUCC